CUCUUGUAAUGUCAAGCUAGCACUGUAAACAGAUGAAUCACACGGUGCCGUGUCGAGCAGGUCGAUAGCACAGCAAGCGGGAGGGCAAGUAAAGUAGAGCUGGAAAAAGUUGAGGGUUUUGUUUUCGUCUCAUCGCUGUAGUGCAAGCAAAGACCUACGCCGUGGCGACAGCAUAAAGAUUAGCAGAUCCAGUUAUAGUUUGCAGAAAGCGGAGAGCUGGAUCAUGCUUCUAUCAAGGGGUGUUCGGUUACCGGUGCGGCUACAACAUGCAAGCACUGUUGGUGCGUCGGUGAAUUUUUUUGGAUGCAGCAUUCUUGGAAAUCCAGGUGCUAGUACUAUUCGUAGUACGAGAAUAAGAAAGCGGGUCAAUGCUGCUGCUACCCGACCAUUGCGUAAUUCUGCACAGCCUGUUUUCACUGGUAUAUAUGUCCAGCAGGGCGGUUGGGAAGCUGCAAUCGAGAAAAGUAUUCGCAGUCCAUUAUUGUGGAGAGAUUUACCGAAUAUCGAAGGGGGAGACAAGGCGAUGUUAUUUAAAACAGAUCCGACCUCCGAAGAUUACAAGCGUAAAUCUGCAAACUGGAUUAAUCCUCUGCCUUGGGAAGAAAGUUUGGCCGCAGCGGGGAACGUGUUUAAUGAGACCGCAGCGGGGCUGCAGAGCCGUCUGUUCCACUGUAAUAAAGCGAAAGGGUUGCCGAUUCCCUGGGCUCUUUCUUCUGCCAGUGCUGCGGGGUGUGACCGGUUCAGAGGCGCGGAUCUGUCGCCGGCGCUGAGCUCAGAGAACAGGCGCCUUUAUCUUUUCAGUCCAGCGGCAGGGAGGCUCCAAAUGCGGGCGUGUUUCUCGACUUCAUCCGCCCGGCAACAAGAGAUAAAAAAAACUGCCGACCAAGGUUCAAGAUCAAUCAAGGCAGAGAGCGGUGAUUCCAGAGUGGGUGCUGCAGAACAGGAAAGAGAGGAAAACAGAAAACCCAACAAAUCCCAGCAGCUGAAGAAGGUCUUCAAGGAAUACGGAGCUGUCGGAGUCGCGUUCCACAUCGGAAUCUCCUUGAUGUCGCUGGGGAUAUUUUACCUGGCUGUUUCCAGUAAAGUUGACACGCUACUUUCAGUUGACCAGCUCACAAAGUAACUGAGCUUCUGAAGAUUACACAAGAAUGAGGGGGGAAAGGUGAGCAUGUAACUGGAGCUGGGGCGGUCGCUUAGUAACCAGACAGGUGUAUGUGCAGUAUUAUUUCUAAGCUAAUGAAUCUGGAUCAAAAUGAUUUGUUCUUACACAGUGGAAAGCAUACAUAAUGAUGCAUUAAAAGAACUGUUACAAAGAAAGAUCAUAUAUAAAUUAUAUUGAAAUAAAGAUACAAAGGGAUUCAUCGCACUAGUUAUCAGAAAUACAGAAUCGGAGACUUCAAACCAGCAUCCAGUAAAACUCGUGCAUCGUGACGCACAUGAUGUUGAAAGGAACAUCACGUUGCCUCAAUCGUGUUUGUCUGAAGUGAUUCUCAUUGUUGCAGAAGCUCCUUAGUCAUGCGUAGUAGAUAGAACACAGAGGGGGGGAAAACACUAAGACAA